AUGCGCGUGAUGGAGGCGGUGCACAGGCACCUCAGGCCAGAGUUCAUCAACACGAACCCCCCCUCUCAGCUGCCGGUUGACGAGUUCAUCGUGUUUGAGCCGCUGACCCACCCCGAAAUCAGGGACAUCGUGGGCCUGAAGACCGCCGCCCUCGCGGGCCGCCUGGCCGCGCAGCGCAUCUCCCUCGUGCUGGGGGACAGCGCCCUGGACUACCUGGCUGACAAGGUGGGGGCGUCGGAGCAAGUUUAUGAGUCCGACAUUAUGGGGGCAAGGGGGGUCGGGGGUGUGUCGCUGGUGCUGGGGGACAGCGCCCUGGACUCCCUCGCAGACAAGGGAUUCGACCCCGUGUAUGGCGCGCGCCCCGUGAAGCGCGCGCUGCAGCGGGAGCUGCAGACGCGGCUCGCGCAGGCGCUGCUGCGGGGCGAAUUCUCAGAGGGGGACACUGUUCGGGUCGAGGCGGGGGCGACCGCAGAGGAGGGGCUCCGGCUGAUUCGGGAGGGCCCCGCCGCCGCAGCGGCAGCAGCGGCCGUGGCGGCCGCCGCAGCGAAGAGCGGGGGCGCUGGGGCAGAGGCCGAGCAGCAGCAGCAGCAGCAGCAGCAGCAGCAGGGUGAGGAGGGCGCGGCGGCGGGGCCGGCGGCGGCGACGGCGAAGCCGGGGCGGCGGCGGGUGGUGGUCAGCAGCCGCGGCAAGAAGGUGCCCGCGGCGGCCAAGGAGGAGGCGUGA